CAUUGCUGCGGGAGAAGUAGUUAGCGGCUGAGAUAAACAGAAAAGAGAUCAUCGCAGUGAAGAUGGCGAGAGGUAUGCCGGGACUAAGGAGAGCGGUACUAGAAUGUAUAAAAAAGUUACCUGUCACAGCCAGCCGAGAAACACCUAAAAGGAUUGGCGUAAGAUAUCUCUCCUCAUGUGGGAUCCUGAUGAUGAGGGUGCCACCCCUCCUGGGGGCCAUGCCCAGGUCCAGAGUCAUUGUGGCCCCCACCCGCUCCUUCUUCAACCUGGCUGACACCUUCAACAAGAGGAAGGAGUACUCUGAGAGACGUGUCAUGGGGUACUCUAUGUUGGAGAUGUAUGAAGUGGUAGCUGGGGUGGAGAACUACCUUCACUUUGUUCCCUGGUGUAAGAAGUCUGACGUGGUGUUCCGGCGCUCAGGGUUCUGUAAGGCCAAGCUGACAGUUGGUUUCCCCCCGGUAGUGGAAAACUACACCUCGCUGGUCACCACAGUGCGCCCCCACCUGGUCAAGGCAGCCUGUUCAGACGGUAAGCUCUUCAACCACCUGGAGACGGUGUGGCGCUUCAGCCCUGGCCUCCCUGGCUACCCUCGCACCUGCACGGUUGACUUCUCUAUCUCCUUUGAGUUCCGCUCCCUGCUGCAUUCCCAGCUGGCCACGGUUUUCUUUGACGAAGUGGUGAAGCAGAACGUGUCGGCGUUUGAGAGGCGGGCCGGGAAACUUUACGGAGCACAGACCAUGAUCCCCAGAGAGCUCAUGUUUCAUGAGGUGCACCACACGUAGCGUGCCCCAAUGGGUCAUCCUCUCUCUGCGCGCACACACACACACACACACACAUACAGUCAGCCAUGGCAGGGAGAGAGAGAAGGAGUGAAGGGAGGGGGGAAGAGGUUAAAUGCCUGAACACUGCAGUGCCUUAUCAGAAAACAACCAAUGAUUUUAUACCCAUUAACUGCUUGUGGCUGGAUUCUGUCCCCCUCCCUACCCCCCAAAAAUACCCCUCUCCCCAGACUUACAUCACUCUUCCUUCCCCCUAUACCACCAUAGACCCCUACUGGUGCCCCCUCACACCAAAGAAACCAUCAGCACCUUUGGCCAUUAGGCACACCUUAGUGCUGUCCCCAUGCGGUGAGCACAGGGCUCAUAAUAGCCCUCUUGUGGAGAUAUAAAAACUCUUCUACUAAGGCCUAAAUAAAGUCAGUUUAUAGUGAAAGGCUGUGUGUAAGAUACUAUGGUAGCGAGAUCAGGGGAAAGGGACUGGGGUUCUUAUGUCCUGAUCAGGCCAACAGUUUGUGAAGGCCCAUCCAAGAUAUUCGUUAUUGUAACAAACCUAACAUACAUUAUAAACUAGGUGGUUCGAGCCCUUGCAUUUAGGCACCUCUGGGGUCUGUGGAAUAUGGCCAAUAUUUCACAGCUAAGGGCUGUAUCCAGGCACUCCGCGUUGCGUCGUCCAUAAGAACAGCCCUUAACCGUGGUAUAUUGGCCAUAUACCACACCUCCUCUGGCUUUAUUGCUUAAGUACCCUAAUGCUAUGUUAUGUGGAUAAGAUGGAGGCUGGGGUUUCAAAGGAUCGGCUUGUACAUUUUUGAAUGAAGUGUGAGCACUUGAAGAUCGAAGUUUCCUAAAGGAAUGUCGCAACACUGCCGAGCAGAUGUAUACACACUGCCGUGCCUACCUACACAUACCUGUUCAAGAGGUGCUGUGUUGCAACAAUGUUACCGGGGACAUUUCUGCUGCACCCCAUAUAGCACCUUGUUCUCUAAUGACCAUGGGAGGCAUGUUGUUCAGUUAUGGCACUUGUUUUUUUUUUAAGUGCAAUAUAAUGUUUAGUUUUCUAAAUGCAGCUACUUUUCCCCUAGAGAUAUCCACUGUUUAAAAGGGCCCAGACUGGCUAGGCAGGGUACAGGGUCAUCCAAACUGUCUGUCUGCGUCAAAUGGCACCCUAUGUCCUGUACAAUAUACCCGUAGGGCUCUGGUCAAAAGUAGUUUACUAUAUGCACUACGUUUGACCAAAAGUAGUGCACUAAAGGGAAUAAGUUAACAUGUUGGUUGCUUGUGUCUGCCAGUCAGAAUACUGUCACAGUGAGGUAUCUUACCAUAGAACCUUUUAAAGAUGUCACUCUUAUGUACACCCAGUGACCUUUGACCUGAUCCUAGUGGAAUCAUAUUUAUAUUUUGUAACCUUAAGCAUUCUACUCCUAUAAAGAUAUUUAUUAAGAUUAUAAGAACACGUGUACAUAUUGUUUUAAGACCAGAUGAGAAGUGUGCACUGAACUAUAAUUGUGGUUUGGGGAUUGGGUUUUAUAGUGCAAAUGAAGGUGUUUUAAUGAGCGAAGAUGUAUGAACUAUUUUUAUAUUAAAAAAGUGUUUUUUUGUGUGUGGA